UAAAAAUAAUUUCAGAAAUAACCUUCCUCUCCGUACUAACACAUCCAUACCGACCUAGCAACCAAACCAAAAAAAGAACGAGAAGAAAAAGAGAGAAAGAAAGAAACAAAGCAGAAGAAAAAAAAAGCAGUAACAAGACAGAGAGAGAGAAAAAAACAUGAUAAGUCAGAAACAUUAUAUUCUCACAUGACAGACCCACCUCACUCAUCAUGGUUGACAACGAGCUCCUGUUAUGUAACUUCCGCCGAUGUCGCCGCCCGCUGGACUCCGUGGCGUGGGUGACUUUCUGCUCCCAUAUUUUCUGCCCUGAAGACGGGAGAAAUCUGCGCCAGACUCCAUGCGAGUGCCCAGCGUGUGGUGCCAAGCUGACCCUGCAAAGCGACAUUCUGCGUGUUGAACUCGACCCGACGGAGCAGUUCAAGUCUAUGAUCCUGGCCGGCCUGCAACCCGAAGUUAUCAUGGAAGUGUGUCAUCGCGGGCUGGCGUUCUGGACUUACCAGAUAAACCAGGAGCGGACGUACCAGCAGCACGUGGUCAAAAGACUGAGAGAAAGGUUGCAGGAGAUACAGAGCUAUUACGAACAGGUGGUGAGGGGCAGAGAUGAUCAGCUGGCAGCAGUCAGGAGGCAGCUGGAAGGAGCUCGCCGCGACCACGAGAAGUGCAAGGAGCAGCGAGAGGUCAUCAACGAGAGGCUGGCAGAAAAGACUAGGCAGUACCAGCGGCUGCAGACUCUGUACGACACGCUGAGGAAGCGCGCCGGACCUCCGACAGGCGUAGGAUGGUCUCCUCCCUCCUCCUCCUCCUCCUCCUCCUCCCAGCCGCAUCCUGAUCCUCGGGUGCCCUUCCGCUGUGCUGCCGCUAUCGGGCCCACGCUAUAUCCGCCGCCGAGUGGCCACGUGUCUGCCGGUACGGAUGCGGCAGCGGCGGCGGCGGCGGCGGCGGUAGCGGGGGUGGCGGAGGUAGCAGGGGUCGGCCCGCGUUACCAGCAGUGUCCGAACGAAUUCCAGGAAACAGGCGGCGGCGGAGGCCCGUUGCCGAUACACGCGGCGCCGCUGGGUCCUGCGUCCGCCGCCCUCGCACCCACCUGCAGCCUCGCCCUUCCUCCCAAUCCCACAGGAUCAACGCCCUCCCAUCAGUACCAUCAUCACCAAAACCCUCCGUCAGGAUUCAUCGACCAGCAGGUUCCUUUACCAGCGCGGCGGGCCCAUGGAGGUGUUGAUCCUGCAGGCGCUGCGGGCGCUCUCGUGCCAUCGACGGCAGUGGAGCUUCGGCGUGGCGAUUCGUGUGAAGAUUUUACGUUUGCCCCCGUGACACGAAGAUCGAUUGGUACCGGAAAUUCACGCCAGAAAUAGUAGCAAUUGGGAAUUCCAGUUACCGGCUAGUAGUUCUGCUACUGGAAAAAAGUCAAACAUUACCACUGUUCAAUAUUACCGUUCAUGUCACUGUAAACAUGUACUAUUUGUUGCUAUGGGCACUGGCUGUGACUAAUCAAAACAUAUUAAGGUUUGAUUACCUAUUUCAGCACUUUCAGAGUCACCAAUAUUAGUAAGGGUAUCAACUACUCACACAUGUACUAGCAUUUUCGCCUCUGAGGCCAUUGUUUAAUAUCCCUAAUGUGGAGCGUUAUUGCAUUCCUCUGAGCACAAUAGUUAUCUUCUUCAAUACCCUACUUCCAUUUCGAUGGUCUUUGAUCGUCAUUAUCAUACAUGUCAAUAAUUAUAUCAUUACCAUUUUCUGCUUCCUGUCAUUCAAGAAAUUAUUUACUGUUACCAGUCAUAGGCAUAUAUAUUUUUUUCAAAUAUCGUGACACUCACACCUGGCUGGGAUAGGAGUGUCAGGUGCCGAGCCGAGCAAGUACUUGUUUUCAUGACACAAGAAUGUAUGUGCGUGAGUGCGUGGUGUAUAAUCCAUGCGUCGCAGUGAGA